AUGCCGUCGCCGAAGCGAGUGUCGACUUGGCGCCCAGCUGUUGCGGCUCUUCCGGCUUCGAUUCCGAGCGUGUCUGUGACACCUUCGCCCGACACGCUCGUGCGGCCGUCAGCGGACAUUGAGAUGGGUUCUGUCGUGCCGCCCGGCCACCGGCGGCGUAGGAGCAGCGCAGCCAACGGGGCGGCCAGCCAGGUCAGCGUCAGCCAUCUGGGCCACCUCAAUGGAGAACGAGGAACUCGUCCUCGGGGCGAGUCGCUUCCGGGAGGCAGCAGCAUCAUAGCUGUGCCUGAGCACGCGCCAGGGGGCAGCAGCGGCACCGGUGACGACGACAACGACGACAGUACGUGGGACGACGCGUGGGACGAUGGCUUUGAUGACCUCGACGAGGAGGCCGGGCUGACGGCGCCGGAACGCCGCCGCCGAGCAGAAGUGCGACGGCAACGAACACAGCUGGAUCAGCGCGUCGUUCCCGGUGCCAGCAUCGAGGCCGGUCACAUCGUCGAUGACGGCAACGGACCGGCUGUGCCCAUCAGCGAGGACGAGCGCAAGCUGGCCGACAAGGCCGUGGUGCGGCGCCUGGUGAUCGACGGUACCCUGAUCGGUCUCUGGUACCUCUUUUCGCUGAGCAUCUCGCUCUACAACAAGUGGAUGUUUGGCGGCCAGAACCUCAACUUCCCCUUUCCCCUUUUCACUACCUGUAUCCACAUGCUGGUGCAGUUCACCCUCUCCAGCACGGUGCUCUAUUUUGUACCCUCUCUGCGGCCAGGUGCCGGAAGCAGCAGCAACAACAGCAGCAGCAGCAACAACGAUGGCAGCUACAAUGACGACGACGAUGAAGACGACGACGUGUACAAGCCGCAGCAUGAGGCUGAACCGCGGCCGACCCUUAUGACCAAGAUGUUCUACCUGACGCGCAUCGGUCCUUGUGGUGCGGCUACUGGUCUGGACAUUGGUCUGGGCAACACGUCGCUCAAGUUUAUCACCUUGACAUUUUACACCAUGUGCAAGUCGUCUUCGCUGGCCUUUGUGCUGCUCUUCGCCUUUGCCUUCCGGCUCGAGACGCCAACUCUGCGGCUUGUGGCCAUCAUUGCCACCAUGACGGCCGGCGUGGUCAUGAUGGUGGCCGGCGAGGUUGAGUUCAAGCUGGGCGGUUUUCUGCUCGUCAUCAGUGCCGCCUUCUUCUCCGGUUUCCGCUGGGCUCUGACCCAGAUCAUGCUGCUUCGCCACCCGGCCACAUCCAACCCUUUCUCGAGCAUCUUCUACCUGGCCCCCGUCAUGUUCGCCACCCUCUUUGUCCUGGCCGUUCCGACCGAAGGCCUGGGUGCCCUCUCUGCCGGCUUCGGCACUCUCGUCGACAAGUUCGGCCCCCUGCGCGCCCCCGCUCUGGUCCUCUUCCCCGGCACCAUUGCUUUUCUGAUGACCGCCUCCGAGUUCGCCCUGCUGCAGCGCACGUCCGUCGUCACCCUCUCUAUUGCUGGCAUCUUCAAGGAGGUCGUUACUAUCGCCACCUCCACUCUCGUCUACCACGACACUCUGACGACCGUCAACAUCCUCGGCCUCGUCGUCACCAUGACCGCCAUCAUCGCCUACAACUACAUCAACAUCACAAAGAUGCGCCAGCAGGCCCAGCAGCACGUCCACCAGGAGCGCCGGCGCUCCUCCUCUUUCGGCUCCGACUCCUCCUCUGUCCACUACUAUCCCUCCCUCGCCCCGGUAUCGUCCUCGUCGCCGGCCAUGGCAGCCACUGGCGACGACAGCGACGUCGAGGUUGAGGCUGAGGCCGAGAACGCGGGUCUGCUUCGCAAACACACCCCCAGUCGCCAGGCCGGAGAGCUUCUAAGAUAA